GUUACAUAUACUCCUUCUCUACUAAGUUUCCUACUCAACAAAAAAAAAACUGCAACAUUUUUUUUUUGUUUUGGUGAAAAUGGCGAUGAUUGAAAACGGAAACGAAACAAGAAGCGAAUGUUUGGUUCGUAUAUGCAAUGAAGAAAGCAACAUUGAAACCAUUCGUUACUUCGAAUGCAGAAAGACUCUGAUGGAUAUGCUUCAUGAUAGAGGCUACAAUGUCUCUGAAUCUGAUCUCACUCUUUCUCUUUCUGAGUUUCGUUCACGUUUUGGUGAAUUUCCUAAACCUCAUACCCUUGGUGUUUCUGUUUCUCUUCGCUCUAACCCCUCCAUCAAGGUACAAGUUGUUUUCCCAGGAACGGAUGAUAUCAGAAAAAGCAACUUGAUUGUUAUACAAAGCCAGAUUGUGGACAAAGAAAGGUUGAGUAGGCUGAUACUUGUUAUGCAAAGUAAGAUGACUUCAUAUGCUCGUAAAGAAUUGGAAAACUGUCCAUUUAAAGUUGAGAUCAUACAAUUGAAUGACUUGCUGGUCAAUGUGACAAAGCAUGUGCUGCAGCCAAAGUAUGAGGUUCUGACUGCUAAUGAGAAGCAAAAACUGCUCAAUAAGUAUAAGGUCGAAGAGAAACAGCUACCUCACAUGCUAAGAACUGAUGCCAUUGCUAGCUACUAUGGACUGGAAAAAGGACAAGUCGUCAAGAUCUCUCACAGUGGUGAGAUGUUUAAUUCUCUUGUAAUGUACCGCUGUGUCGUGUAAUAGUUCUAUUACAUCAUGCUGCCACGUAUGGAACAGCGACAAUUACAGUCUUAUUGUUUUAGAACCUAUCAUGCUUAAAGUUAGCAGAAAGAUAAUAUUUGAACUGGUAAAUGUUUAGCAAGAUCUAUUGUGUAUGA